AUGCCCACUGAGUAUUUGGGGGCAGCAUCCAGUCAAAUAAAAGUUCCAGUCUCCCGCGAUCCGGAGCAGGCAAUAAAGUGGGUGGAAAACCUGAGGAUCCCACCACCACUGGACUUACCCGCCCACAAUGCAUUCGUUUGCAUAGAGCACUUUGAACCAAGUGCAGUGGGCGUGAGGAAAUUGAGGGCAAAUGCGGUGCCAACCCUCAACCUAAUUAUUAAUUUAAUAUAUACGGUUCCACGGCCCAGACGAAGAUGCUGCAUUAGCAGCUGCGUUGCGAGACAGGCGACUCUUUUUGGAUUCCCUAAAAGGGAAGAUGUUCGCCAAAGUUGGGCAAAGGCUUGCAACAUAGUUGCAUCGCCUUCCGAUUCCCUGUAUAUUUGUCGAAACCACUUUGAUCCUGAGUUUGUCACUAAAUUUAGACUUCUCUGGGGCUUUCCCUUGUUUAAGAUUAGAGUCAGAACUAAAUCAUAGCACAUCUAGCUCUGACUCUGAUUGGGUGUGCCCCCCCGUCACUACAACUUAUGUUCGUCCUAAAGUAGCUGUAGGAGGUAGUGUAGAGGACGACAUAACUUUGAUGGAAUUUGAAAAAUAUUCCAUUCUAGUGGAAAAGAGAUUAGGAUUAGGGGCAGAAAGUAACUGCGAAGGCUAUGCAGUAGACAGCCGCGAGCGAUUUGCUCGAUCCGCGCGUUAUUAUCAAAGUAAUGCGCUGAAACUAAAUAAAAAGGUCAAGGAGUUAGAGGGGGUUAUUCAAAAUUUAGAAAAAAAAUAUGAAGAACUAAAAAAACGUGCAAUAGUUGCGGAUGAGACUUCUAGCCAAGACGCUAUAACAUUCGCUAGGAUGAUCGUCACGAAACGCAAUCACUUUUUUAGUGACAAUGAAAAGACAUUGGCACAAAACAUUAGUUAUAUGUCCACCAAAUCAUAUAAUUUC